AUGUCAAUUGGUGUCGCUAUCAUUGGUUCUGGCAUAUUUGUUCAGACAGAACACUUGCCAGCAGUCCAAGCUACCCCCCAUAUCUCCCUCAAAGCUAUAUACUCUCGCUCUCUCUCAUCUGCACAAUCAUUAAAUGUCAAUGUGCCUCUCUAUUCCGACGACUCGGGUGUUGGGAAGGCAUUCAAUGACCUUCUCCUUCGCACUGACAUCCACGCCGUGAUAAUCGCCCUCCCAAUUCUCGUUCAACCCGAAUACAUCGAAGCAGCACUUGCGGCGGGCAAACACGUCUUAUCAGAGAAACCCAUAGCAGGAGACCUGGAGCGCGCGCAACGCUUGCUACAAUAUUACAAAAGUGACAACGUCAAGGGCAGAGCCACUUGGAGCGUGGCUGAGAAUUUCCGAUUCUUGGAUUCGUUUAUUCAUGCGAGGAAGGAAGUAGAGAAAUUGGGUAGAGUCUUGGGGUUUCGUAUAAAAGUCUUUUUGAAUGUCAAGCCGGGGGAUAAGUACUUUGAAACGGAAUGGCGAAAGAAGCCAAGUUAUCAAGGCGGCUUUUUGCUCGAUGGGGGUGUUCAUUUCACAGCGGCAGCGAGAUUAAUAUUGGGAGAGGCUACGAGACCAACGACUGUUGUGGCAUUUAGUACACUUCUUCGCGAACAUCUACCACCUGUUGAUACGAUCAAUUCAGUAUGGCUCACAAAGUCUGGAAUCAGUGGCACAUUUUCAGCCAGCUUCGGUAUUACUCUUUCUGGUCCCGAAUACACAAUAGCUUGCGAGAAUGGUAGCGUUACGGUCAUCAGAAGUAAGGUCAUUGUACGCAAGGGUGAAGAGAAGGAAGGAAAUUCUACAGAGGUUGAGUUUACGGAGGAGGGUAGUGGGGUGAAGCAGGAGGUGGCUGCAUGGGCUCAGAGUAUCAAGGAUGGGAAGCCUGACUCUAGACAAUCUCCCGAAGAAGCUCUUGCUGACUUGGAAAUUUUGGAAAAGCUGUUGCGGAGUGGAGAAGAAGGAGGGAAGAGUCAAAGUUUGCAAUUCCAGAUCUAG